AGUCGUUCUUGCGGGCUAUCACGUUAUCACUAUAUCCUUGGGGGAGGUAAAUAAAAGGUUUUGCCAAAGCACAGCGGUGAUGCAAAGUGUGGAAGGUGACUGCACGCACCUAUUUUUUUACACGGACCUGCACGCUGGUCGGGAUUCACGCAGAGACCAGCGCACUUGGUGGUGUAUUGGAUCUGUUGGACGGAACCUGAAUCGUGACGCCUGCGCAUGUGUUUAGUUGUUUCACGAUGUGUUUUAAAGAUGCUGCACCUGUUUGCGAAUGUUGCAGAAAACAGGUAGAGCAGGACUGCUUGCCUUGCUGUUGUUAGUGUUGGACUGGACCCAGCCAGGCUUGUCAUCCCCACUGAGGCCAAUUUGUGACCUGAGGGUCCUGAACCAUUUCAUACAGGAAGCACGAGACGCAGAAGGUGCUAUGAAGUCAUGUAGAGAAGGCUGUGGCCUGUCCCAGUCUGUCACCGUCCCCCAGACUACAGUAGACUUUGAUGUAUGGGAGAAGAAAAAUGCACAGGAACAAGCCCAGGAGGUGCAGACUGGCUUAUGGUUGUUACAACAGUCCCCCAACACGCUACAGACGUCGGUCACCAACACAGCAAUGCACAGUCACAUAGACAACACCAUCAGAAACCUGCUCAGCAUCAACGCUGUGCUGCGUAGUCUCAACAUCCAGGAAUUUACACCACCAGCAAAUGCAACAGACCUUGAGGGAACAUGGAGGGUGUCCUUAGCAACAGAUCUGCUUCAGGUCCACGUCAACUUCCUGCGAGGCAAAGUGCACCUUCUUCUUUCAAGUGCACAGGCAUGCAAGCAAGAUGUCAGCUGA